CUCGGGCGCCAUUGGCGUCGGCGCUGCCGGCGGGCGCGGAGCGGGAGGAGGGAGCAGGAAGAUGUCGGGCUGCGAGGCCCGCGACGCCAAGAAGCUGGUGCGCUCGCCCAGCGGGCUGCGCAUGGUGCCCGAGCACCGCUCGGCCCGCAGCCCCUUCGGCCUCGACGAGCCGCCCUGGGUGCCCGACAAGGAGUGCCCAAGAUGUAUGCAGUGUGAUACAAAAUUUGACUUCAUAACCAGAAAGCAUCACUGCCGGAGAUGCGGAAAGUGCUUCUGUGACAAGUGCUGCAGUAAAAAAGUGCCUCUGCCUCGCAUGUGCUUUGUGGACCCUGUGCGCCAGUGUGCUGAGUGUGCUCUCAUCUCUCAGAAAGAAACAGAGUUCUAUGACAAACAGCUUAAAGUGCUCAUGAAUGGUGCUACAUUCUUUGUAACUCUGGGAACAUCUGAUAAAUCUGAGCUCAUGGUUUGUCGACUUUCCAACAAUCAGAGAUACCUGGUUUUGGAUGGAGACAGCCACUAUGAAAUUGAAAUUAUACAGAUUUCAACUGUUCAGAUACUUACAGAGGGAUUUACUCCUGGAGAAAAAGAUAUUCACACUUACACCAGCCUUCUGGAGAGCCAGCAUAUUACUGAAGGAGGUAAUACUCGUGCCAUAGGUAUGACUCUGCAGUAUAAGGUGCCAGGAUCAGAGGAGCUAACGCAGAUGAAAUUUACAGCCUGUGAAGAUUUCAGCUGUAACAAGAAGCUGUCAGCAAGCUGGCUGGCAGCCAUGCAUAAGGCAACAAAACUCCUGUACGAGUCCCGGGACCAGUGAGAACAGCACUGUUGGCCACUUGAGGGAAGGAAGACACCAGCCCCCAUGGACCUGCCUCUCACUCUUUGCUAAUUUGACAGCUGGUAACAUCUGUUCCUGACCUUUUCUCAUUCCAAUGCAGUUCAUUGUGUAAGAACUGGCAAAUGCAAUGUGAGUAUUUUUUGAACCAUGAGUAUUCACUAUAGUGUGCAAUAUGUAUACAAUUAAUGCUUUAAACAGCCUCACCUUUUAAGACUUUGUAUAUUUUGUUAAAGCCUUUAUUGGCACUUAAUAUGAAAGUGACCUGCACUACAGCUAAUGUACAGCACAACUUUUUUAGUAACAAUUAUAUAUACUGUUUGCUGAAAAAGCAAACAAAUGUGUAUGUCUCUUCUGCAGAGAAUAGCUUUUGGGUAUAGAUCUCAGGUUUCUCCCUCUAUCCAAAUGUUUAAAAUCAAUGUAUAAUAAAAAUAUCUGCCUUAGAUAUGAUUUUAUAGGAGUCACUUGGAUUUUUUUAAACAUUUCAUUUUUAUCAAAAGAUUUCACCAAAUAUCACCAAAUUUGACUUAAUACGGACAUGAUCGUGAAACCUUCCUUCUGUAAUAAAUAAGCUUCCAGAAUAAUUCUUAGUUUUGUAUUUUCUUUUUGGUAAGUAGCUUUUGUUAAUCUAACUGUAAUGCUCUCUGAAAUUGUAUACAAUUUAAUGUACAAAUAUGAAUAAAUUAAUUCACUUAUUUAAAAAAA